CGAUAGUUCAGGUCCAAGAGGUCGAGUCUGUUUUGAGUUUGGAACGGAACCAUCACCAUAAAUAAGUUAGCUGGUUAAAAAUCAGGGAGAAAGCGUCGAAGAAUUUUAGUUGUACGUUUGCGGACCUAUUUGGGAGAAAAUUAACUUUCCGGAGAAGCAACUAGGCGUGCGCUGAAGUUUGUCUUCAGUGUUAGCUAGCAGGCUGGACCUGUGUUAGCUUGUAAUGCUGGACAUCAAGACCGAGGUAACUUAACGGUUACAUGUUAACGGAUUCUUAAACUGACGACGUUAUUUUGGGUUUCCGUCUCGAAGACGAGCUACACUGACACGGAAAGACAAACACUUUUGAAGCCGCUGUCUUACAAAAAAAAAGUACCUGUCCAAACGAGCAGUUCUCGACCUGCUCGGACCCGGAUCACCGUCUUCGUUCCUGAUGGGCCCCCCGAUCAGCUAGUGAUUACCACCAGCAGCCUGCUAACAUGGGAGGAUGUGUCGGGAGAUACAUGGAUGGAUGGGAAGACCCGCAAAGGCACGGCUCGUCCAGGAACGGUGGACGAGGAGGACGCAAUGAGCCUCUGAAAAAAGACCGUCCCAAGUGGAAGAGUGAUUAUCCGAUGACGGAAGGCCAGCUGCGAAGCAAACGUGAUGAGUUCUGGGACACGGCGCCAGCCUUUGAAGGCCGCAAAGAGAUCUGGGACGCCCUUAAAGCUGCCGCGGUGGCUCUGGAGUGCAACGACCACGACCUGGCACAGGCCAUAGUGGACGGAGCCAGUAUCACACUGCCACACGGUAGUCUGACGGAGUGCUACGACGAACUUGGUAAUCGCUAUCAGCUGCCCGUGUACUGUCUGGCUCCACCUGUAAACCUCGUCUCGGAGCACAGCGACGAAGAUCGCAGUGACAGCCCAGAACCCCCCUCGUCACUGCGGAAGGACUUCCUGCUCAAGGUACGACUGUCCACCGGAAAGGACCUGCGCCUCAGUGCCAGCAUGGCCGACACCAUAGGGCAGCUGAAGAAGCAUCUUCAGGCGCAGGAGGACAUCAAUGCCGCCCACCAACGCUGGUUCUUCUCUGGCAAGCUUCUGACGGACAAGAUGCGUUUGCAAGACACUAAGAUCCAGAAAGAGUUUGUUAUCCAGGUCAUUGUCAACCCACAUGACUCCAAACGUUCAGCUGCGACCCCCGCCUCGUCCCCUUCUUCUGACUAACUGAGACUAGGAAUAGCUCUGCUUUUUGAGAACACCAGUUGGGGGCAGUCACACAACAGCGGCACUCUUAGUAGCGCCGUUCAGCACACUAACUCUCUAGAAACCCUCCUGUGACCAAAAGCACAACUUAUCAGGGUGCCGUGUGAUUUUUAUCGGUGCACGUAUCUCUGCGCACACGCAGAGCCGUUUGUCUGCACUCGUGUCAGCUAAAUGUCAACAGGAACGCCUCAGCGGUGUUGGACCUUGCCGUAAACCACGGCUCUGCGUUUGUCUGGGAUGCAUCAUGGACACUAGGUCCUGAAAAGGAUGAGACUUUCUUCUUUCAUUUAUUGAGGAAAUGAUGGAAACUGAGCUUUUUUGCACAUUUUGAUGAUUAUUACUAUAUAUUUGUGAUAAUUUGUGUGCCUUCUACAAACCGAAAAGGGUUAAUGUGAUGUCCUGACACACGCUUGGCUACAAAUCUAUUUUUAUAGAGUCGAGAAUUGACAUCCAGGCUGUAACUGCUGCCUUUUUAACGAUUUCAUGCACAAUCUGUGUGUGUGCACGUGUGAGUGCGAAUGAAUAUAUGACCCACAGCUUAUGUUUCACUUCCGUUACAUGUGUAAAAACAGGCUGUUCUUCCUGUUGAUCUCAUGGUUUCUGUGUGGAUAUUCCAGUCUUAAUUGCUGCAUUAAAUGACCACUAGGGGGCAGGAAUAUUCUAAAACAGUCCUACAGCAACACAGGCCUGAUGGACUGUAAGCUCGUUUUUGGAUAUAUAUAUUUUUUUUAAUCAUUACAAGAUGAAUGUAAAAAUGUUUUUAAUUCAUUAUUUGGAAAUUAGGAAAGCUGUCAUGGUGGCUUGCAGUCUUUUUUCUUCUUCUUCUUCUUCUUCUUUUUUGGUCACCAAUCACCUGUUUGUUUCCCUGUCUGUGUUUUCUGGAUGAUUUGUGUUUGCUGGAAACGUCUUUAUUCCUGUUUAAUUUGACCCCUGAGGGUUUAAUUGUACAGAACGGUGACAAAACAAGAAUCUAAAGUGUGUAAAUUGUGAAAUGCUGUGGUUGUGGGUGUCGUGGAUCUGAAGCUGAAGAACAUUUACAUGGGGGCGAGGGGGGUCAAAUGAUAUCAGAAAUAUUGAUGUUCCUGAAAUUGUGACGUCAGUGUUUUCAUUUAUAAGUCUUGACUUUCACUUGUAAAGCUGAACUUGGAUUAAAGUUGAUGUAUUUGUUGAUAUAGAUGUUAGGUUGCACUGUGUGACCAUCGGUUUAGGGUCGAGCAGCUUGGAGUUGUAUUUGACGAUCAUCUUGAGCUUUGUUAAUCUCAGCGCUCAGUUUUUUCAAAUCAUAUGGUCACAGAUGCAAUAAAUCAGAAAAGUACUUGAGCCACAGCUAAAAGUUUACUUAAAAAAAAUUCUAUUCACUCUUGAAACGUAUCAUAGAAAUCAUGUUAUUUUUGAGCCUCCUUUUGAUUUCAUUUACCAGUGGGUCAUUUGGGGGAAUUUUUUUUAUCCUUAAUUAUUAUGUGCAAACUUGAAAAGAAGAAAAAAGUUUAUCUAUGUGCAAUACAAUCCAUCUUGUGUAUCAUUUUUUGCUGUUAAAAGCACCAGCUCUGACGAUUGUUAGUGUGUCAAAGUAAAUGUAAAAUUUGCUGAAAAUCUGACACCUCAGGUGGAUAAAUUGCCACAAUCUUCUUCCAUGGUGUCCCGUUGGCGUUGGCCAACUGUUUAACAAGUAAGGAUUCAAAGUAAACUUGAAUUGCAAUGUCCUUUGAACUUUUGAAGAGAGACUGCCAUCUGGUGGGUUUAGGAGAAAGAAGUGGGGCUUCCUGUGGCCAUCACUAAUGUAUGGUGCAGCUUCUCAGCAGAAUUUUGGUUUCUCACAGUUAUUCUGGAGUCUUGUUUAAUGUUGUCGAUACCAAACCCCCAUCUUCCUUGCCGCUACCACAUAAUAACUGGUUCAGUUUCUUUCUUGUUUCUAACCCAGGUCCGUUGAUCAGUUUUGCCACCUUGCAUAUCAACUCAUAUUUCCUCUUAGUUUCUAAUGGAACCAUUUCAGUGGUAGCAUAGGAAUCCCAUUUGUGAUCGUUGUUGAUUGUUGCUGUUAUUUUUGUUUGUAACCAGAACCAAAUAUUUUGAGUUCUGAAACCAGGUUAUUUGCAUAAGCGGCCUCCUCGUGACGGUUUGUAUCUGUUACGAACACUGUGUUGGUGAGCACUGUCGUAAUUAUUAAGUUGUGUUUGUACGUUGGUUUUGAUUUGGGUUGGGGAAGAACUGCAUAAUCACAAAACAUCCAGCAGAGAAGAUGAUCUGCACCUAAGUGCAGGUUAAGUACAGUCGUUUGUUACAUUGGAACCACCUGCAGUCAGAAAGCUCCAAAUGAUUGAACUCAUUUUCCUAAAAACACCCAGGAAACCUGUUGGAAAUGUCUUCAUUCUGUUCCUGUGUGAUUUCCACCUCUACCCUACCUGUUGUAGCCAAAAACGUGAUAGCGUCGUAUGACAUUUUAAAAUUUCAUCCGUUCUGAUUUAAAAAAAAAAGUAUAUUAAAGUACCUUUUUUAAGAAUUGAGUAAGGCAACAAUUGACAAGUAUUCUGUUGAUUAAAUGGGCGAACUGUUUUAGAUAAGCACACUGUCCUCGAGAUGUCCGUCUGUGUCUUUGUCCAUUUGAUUCCAAUGACUCUUCACGUUACAGAGCAUCAGGAACAGUCCAGGUAGCAUCUGACUGUGCCACCAGUCGAUCAGAAACCAGUCCAAAUAUACCUGGGUUGAGGGUUCUAUAUGUUCAGCUGAGGCCUUGUCAUUAUGUAUUCUUAUGACUUAGAGAUGGAAUUAUUUUCCAUGUAAAGGAGAUUAUUUUGUCAUAAGGGGUUGUCAUAAGCCAUAAGGGGUUGUUGAUUGAUGUCAAAUGUCCACAGUACCUGGGUAUUAAUGGGGUCCUUUUGUAAAUGUGUCAGCAAGCUAAGAAACUUUUGCUUUAUAAAUAUAUAUUAAGGUUUAUGUCUGAAAAUAGUCAGGGAUGUAUCCUAUUAUUAAAACAAAUGAAUAAAUUAAAGAAACUCGAGUUUAAGAAACGUCGAAUUUCUAACUGUACCUUUUUAAUUGAGGAGCUGCUCCUUGCCACACCCCUUCCGUUGAAGGGCGUGGCAUAUGUCGCAGUCUAAAAUGAGCCAAUUCAAGUAUAAGUUGUUUCUACAGGGGAAGUGUUUAGCAUUCAGGGAUUGAGGAUAUUGAAUAUGAAACCCUCGACCAUGUAUAAGGUUUUUUUUUAAAGGGUAUUUUUAUCAUCUAGAUGCAAAUUUUUCAAAGUUGAUAUCAAAAAUGGUCCUCAAGAUCCAGUUUCUUUGUGAUUUAAACUGUUUAAAAAUGUUUGUAACAUUUGAUGUGCAGAUUAAAAAAAUGUUUUUAAAUUGUUGAAUAAAUUCACUUUAUUGUA